AUGGCGCCCUUCGAGCUAGCCGCUGCAGCGGACGAUGCAUCGAUGGGCGACUCCUUCACCCUCAACCGACAGCAACUGGAGCUCGACUUCAGCUUCGCACCCCGCCAGGUCAAAGGACGCACUACACUGGAAAUACAGCCUGAUAAACCGCAGCUGCGCCAAAUAUCGCUCCACUGCAGACAGCUUACGCCGACCAAUAUCAAAAUUGACGGGCAAAAGGCCGCCUUCACAUAUUCGAACCUUCACCAGCAUCUGACCUUGUAUCCUGGUAAUGGUCUUGGGCAAUAUCACAUCAUCAAGAACCGGAUAAAGCGCCAUCUUGAGGAGCGCGACGAUGAGCUAGUCAUAUAUGUACCUGACAGCAUCAAGGUCCGCGAAGUGAAGCCCUCUGAGGCGGGCAUGGCCGAUGAUGCGCAGGGCAUAUUCUAUGCCACAUUCAAGCUCGAAAUCGAAUACGAAUUGAAUGACUUCCGGGACGCUUUGCACUUUGCUGGAGUCGAGGAUGGUGAUCUCCGCUUCCCGCACGCCUACACACGCAAUUCGCCCUUUCCUGGCACUGCAUCUUGCUUGUUCCCAUGCAUCGAUGACGGGGAGCAAAGAACAAUAUUCGAGCUGUCCAUUCGCUAUCCAAGGACAUUGGGGGAUGCGCUCAGUAAGAAUGCGCGUGGAGCUGCUGUGGAUGCGCUGGCUGCGACCAACAGCAUUGAGAAAGCUGAUAGCGUUAUGCUUGAUGCAGAUGAUGAUGAAGUGGAUCUUUCCGAAGAAGAGAAGGCUAUGGAGAUGCAGGUCAUCUGCUCAGGCACUCUGACGGACGAUAUUGUUGACCCUACAGAUGCUUCACGAAAAACUGCCAGCUUUGAUUGCGGCGAAAACCCUGUACUUCCACAACAUAUCGGCUUCGUCAUCGGCCCUUUUCAACAUGUCGACCUCUCCGAAUAUCGCGACACCGUAGACGAUGAACGGCUCGGAGAGAACGCCAUCAAAGUGCACGCUUUCUGUCUGCCAGGAAAGGAGGAUGAAGUCCGCAAUAGUGGCAUGAUACUUGCACGAGCUCUCGACACCUUUACCGAACGCUUCCAGAGUUAUGCCUUUGGCAAUGCGUACAAGUUGGCGUUUGUGGAUGAUUUGGAAUACGACACCACACAUACAGCCUCAUUCUCGAUAUGCAGCUCACGGCUACUCUUUCCAGAGACUGUGUGGGAGCCACUUGAGUAUACCACCAGGGUCUUGGUCCACGCUGUAGCCAGCCAGUGGAUUGGCGUUGAUGUGGUAGCACAUAAUGCAGAAGACUAUUGGAUCAUAGUCGGUGGUUCGUGGUUCAUGGCUGAACUCUACCUUCGGGACCUUUUUGGCCGAAACGACUGGCGCUUCCGGCAAAAAUUGAUGGUGGACAAGGUCAUCCAGAUGGAUAAGAAACGGCCCUCUCUUCAACGUCUUGGUGAAUAUGUACGGUUAGACCCUGCUGAACGCGAGUUUAUGGAGCUCAAAUCACUCAUGGUCCUUUCCAUCCUUCACAACCGACUGGUCAAGCAGAGCGGCAAGAACGGUGUCGAUCGCUGUCUCUAUCGGAUGUUAUUCAAUGCUCGUCAAGGCAAGUACUCGAACGGUGCAAUAGCCACUGACGAUUUCUUGGAUAUCUGCGAAAAGGUCGGGCACCAGAAGCUCGAAUCGUUCUUUGCACAGUGGGUUUAUGGCUCUGGAUGCCCGAUCUUCCAGUGUUUCCCAUCCUUCAACAAAAAGAAGCAAGUCGUCCAACUUCAAAUUACGCAGGAGCAAGCCCAGCCAUCAAUCACGCGCAUUGAGAGUGGCCUCACCGCAGAAGACUUCAUGCGUGAGGCUAAAGAGAAGGGGCAUGAGGUGCAAUCAGGCACAGAGUAUCCAACCUUUGUGGGACCCAUGACCAUCCGUAUCCACGAAGCGGACGGUACGCCAUACGAACACAUUGUUGAUAUCAACUCUGCUAGCGUGAAGGUGGAGAUUCCAUACAACACAAAGUAUAAGCGGCUCAAGAGAAACCGUCUGAACAAGGAGCGCAUGGCGGCAGCUGCAGGCCUUGAUGCAUCCGGUGAGACGCAGGAAGACGUCACCUUCUACAUGCUAGGGGAUCUUUUCACAACACCUGAGGAGCACGCCGGAUGGCGACUCGACGACUGGCCUGCUGAAGAUGAAGCGAAGCAGGAGCAAGAGGCCUAUGAAUGGAUUAGGAUCGACGCAGAUUUUGAAUGGAUAUGCAAGACAGUUAUAAACGACAUGCCAUCGUAUAUGUACGUUUCACAGCUACAGCAAGACAAAGACGUUGUUGCCCAGGCCGAGUCAAUCCAGUUUCUGGCUCAAAAAGAAGGACAUAAGCUCAUUUCGACCUUCCUCAUCAAGACGUUGAUGGACAGUCGAUACUUUCAUGGAAUCCGUACAAUGGCUGCUGAGGUCAUGGCACAGAGCGCGCUGAAACGAACAGAGUGGAUCGGCCUUUUCCACUUGAAGAAGGCUUUCCGCGAGCUUUUCUGCAUACCAGGUUCUCCGAUGACGCGGUCCAACGACUUUACCGACCGCAGCUCGUACCUUAUCCAGUGCGCUAUUCCUAGAGCUAUUGCUAAGAUUAGAGGUGAGGAUGGUAGAGCUCCCAUGGAAGUAAAGCGUUUCCUGCUCGACGUUCUCCAGUACAACGACAAUCGUGGCAAUGAUUACAGCGACGAUCACUACAUCUCCACACUAAUGCGCUGUCUGGCAGACUGCCUGAUCAGUUCCAAGAAUAACAACGAUGAUCUUAGCCCUGCCGAGUGGGCUGCUGAACAACGUUUCCAAGAGAAAGCGAUCGGAGAGCUCACACGAUACCAACGUCUGGAUGAGUGGAUACCGACGUAUCAGAAUAUCUACACCACAACCGCACUUGAAUGUGCAACGAAGCUUACCUUGAAUCGAGUUACGCCAUUCAAGCCCUCCGAGUUUCUACAAUACGCUCAGCUUGGUAAUGCCGACAAUGUUCGUCUAAAGGCUUGGGAAUGUCUUGUUCGCUUGGGACUGUUUCGUAAAGACAGUGUACUGAGGUUCAUGAUACAUGAACUAAGGUCGGAUCCGUCCCCCUAUUUCCGCAAGCAAUUGCUCCGCAUUUUUGGUGUGGCUGUUGGCCAAAUAGCUACUGGUGACGUCUGGAUGCCAGAGAAGACGACCGGUGGCUCGUCGGACACGCUGGUCGUCGAAGACGCUGGCAACCUAGAGCGAGCCUCGGCACUUGCUCGUCAGAAUCUGGAGGGAGCCUUGCGAGAGCUCAAAAGCGAUUUGAAAGACAAUCAGACUCUCCGUCUGGCCAUUGAAAGCGCCUUGCAGUCCACGACACUGUCCACCAGCGACAUGUCGGAGCUCGUGGACUUUUGUGACAUGGUCUUUGAUCAUCUGAAGCAGAACAGACUACUUGUAAAGUUGAAAUAUCCCCGCUACUGGAAGGCGGAACAUCUUGGCAAAGGAAAUGUACGGUUUUCUAAGACUGACAAGAUUCGCAUGAAACCGAUGCGACCAUUCCAGCCGCCUGAACCAGCGCGAUCGGUCGAACCUGUUGUGCUACCACCGCCACCGCGGCCCGUUCCACUUCCAAAGUUGUCUCUCAAGCUUGGUGGGAUCAAGAUGAAGCCUGCAGCUGCGUCUCCUGCUGCGUCCCCACCCAUUGUUACUGAUUCACCAUUAGUGCUCAAGAAUUCUAGCAACUUGAUGCCAACAGCCACCACACCAGCAGCAACUCCUGCGCCCGCAUCGACCAAGGCAUCGCCACUCGCGUCGCCAGUCAUCAAGGAUGACUCUCGCGCAUCAUCACCCGACAUACCGCUCAAAUUACCCGCCAUGGCUCCACCGAAGAAACAAGCUCCACCCGCACCAACACCGCUUGUGCGGACACCAGUACCACUCCCCAAGCCAGCUGCUCCCCGACCAGCCCCCGCACCAGCGCGACCUCCUCUCAUCAGCGUCCCCGCCGCCAUCGCCACACCACCCGCCAUCCAAUCCCCCAUCCCCCUCCCAGCGCCCAAGCUCAAGAUCCGCACUAAGAAUGCAAACGGCUCCGCAGUCCCCUCACCCCGUCCCAGUGCCGCGCCCUCUCCACGCCCCAGCGCCGGUCCCUCGCCUCGAAACACCCCCGCCCCCUCUCCACGACACACCGUUCCUCCUCCCUCCCGUCCCACGCCUUCCUCCUCCUCGUCCUCGUCUGCACCCGUGGCAUCCGCGCCCAAGCCUCCGCGCCCUAAGAAGAGCAAGAUUGUUAAACUCCGCGUUCCGCCCGCUGCGCUGGCCCGCAUCGUCAGUGAAUCCAAUCGGAAGCGGAAACUCGGGGCUGCAGAGGAUGACCGGCCUUUUAAGAGGCAGAGUUUGGAACCGGGGGGUGCGGGUGCUGGUAGUGGCGCUGGUAGUGCUGCUGGUUCUGCUGUUGCUGGUGCUGCUGGUGCAGCUGGCGGUAGUGCCAGUGGAAAUGGGAAAACGGGCCUGGUCAGGGUGGAGCGGAGUAGGGGGGAUAGAAUCCGGAUGAUUGUCAAGAUCAAGUUUAGUAAAGGUCGGUUAUCGGGUUUUUCGGCGCUGCAGUCUUGA